AGUUAAUUGUCAAAUGUCAAAGUCAAAGUCACGUCAAAGAUUUCUGUCUUUUUCUGAUCAAAAUUGCUCUUGAGAGUAACAAAAAUGGGACGUUAUUCUCGGGAGCCAGAUAACCCUGCGAAGUCAUGCAAAGCUCGUGGUUCAAACCUCCGUGUUCACUUCAAGAACACAUAUGAAACUGCAAUGGCAAUUAGGAAAUUGCCUCUGCGUCGUGCUGUACGUUAUCUUAAGAAUGUAACGGAGAAAAAAGAAUGUAUUCCAUUCCGGAGGUUUAACGGUGGAAUUGGCAGGUGUGCUCAGGCCAAACAAUUCGGAACCACACAGGGUCGUUGGCCCAAAAAAUCAGCUGAAUUUCUGCUGCAACUGCUAAGGAAUGCAGAGUCUAAUGCGGAUAACAAAGGCCUUGAUGUGGACAGGCUUGUCAUUGAUCACAUUCAGGUAAACCGCGCCCCAUGCCUGCGUAGACGCACAUACCGUGCUCACGGUCGUAUCAACCCGUACAUGUCAUCUCCAUGCCACAUUGAGGUGUGUCUAAGCGAACGUGAGGACGCCGUGGCCCGCGCCGCUGCUACUGACGACGCGCCCGCUAAGAAGAAGCUGUCGAAAAAGAAGCUUGCCCGACAGAAGGAGAAGAUGAUGAGGGAAUAGGUGUUAAGGGUUAAUAAAUGACUGGAAAAUCAGAA